CAGAGGCACUCCCAUGGGUUAUUCAUUCAUUCAGAGCACGAUGAGAUAUACUAAUUCUAAUUAGAUUAACAACCCAUGUUGUGUCUAUGUCAUGAAUUGUCCGCGGCGGAAAUGGUUACAGAUCAAUACUAACAGGCUCCUAUUGUUUAUAUAAUUAAUAACGUACUGACAGUUCAGCCUACUUCCCCUCUUUUAAAAAUUUGAAGAAUUUUUUCGAUGGAAUUUUGAUGUACAAGAAUUUUGCUCAGACAUGGAGAUUUUAAUACAGCUGUAUUUUUGUUAUUAUUUAUUUUCGAUAUUAAUAAUACAAGUGUACUCUAAUUGCCUUCAGGAAUAUUUACAGCAUGGAACUGCGACAAUAAAAACCAAGCCCUAUAAUUCUAUACAGUAUGAGUGUGACGAAGGAUUUGAUCUGUUCGGUUCAAAUGAAGCUUAUUGUUUUGCUGAUGUAUGGACUACACCUAUUCCCACAUGUCAUGCUAAAGGAUGCAACCAAAACGGUUUCACAUCUGUAGAAAAUGGAGAAAUCGAUGUAUUGUCUGAAUCUUCUCUUGUACUUGUGACGUGUAAUCCUGGGUAUAUAAUGGACGGUGAGAGUACUAUCAGCUGUGACGGACAACACUGGUCUGAACCACUCCCAAACUGCCACUCUGCAGUUGACAUUGCUAGUUGUAAUUUUGAACAUUCUUUAUGUGGAUGGACACAGGACAUGGGUCAUCAAUCUGAUUGGCAGAUUAACGUUAGAGAAACAGACACUAAAAGAACUGGCCCAAAGUUUGAUCACACGUUGGGUCCUGAAAACGAUAACGGUCAUUAUAUCUUUAUGGAAUCGUCCACACCUAGUCAACAUGGACACUACAGUAGGUUGUUAUCUCCCGUCUAUCCCUGGUAUAAAAGUCGUCGAUGUUUUCAGCUCUGGUAUCACAUGUUAGGACCAGAAGAAGAUGGAUAUAUGGGUAACCUAGAGAUUCUUCUGCGAAUACCAUCAGGACAUGAUCACGUUGAAAGUCAACUCUUUCUCAUUGGUGGUAACCAAGGAAACGAGUGGCACAAAGCCGACGUGUUAAUUGAACGACAGAAAGGAGAUUUUCAAAUUGUUGUACAAGCCACAAGAGGGCGUAGCCAUACAGCUGAUAUAUCUGUCGAUGAUUUUAGCUUUUAUAGGUGUACAAAUGAUACAGAUCUUGAGAGUGAAAUCUACCAUGAAACAUCACCACUAUUUUCUAAGAACAGUUCCGUAACAGAUAUAACCCAUAAAAACAGUUCAUCGAAAGAUUUCUUGUUUAAUGAUACCAUUACAGUCAGCAUAGAAAACGGUACUGAAGUAAUCAGGCUGAGUGAUGACAAGAUUCGUACUCGUAAUACAUCAAAGAGAAUAAACCCCGAUAAAGAAGCCAAACCAGAGCGGCACAGCUUGAGUAGUGUUGAAAUAAUCGUUCAAAAAGAAAAUAGCAUUCCUACAUCGACAGGUGACAGGGCUGAGCACACCAAAGUUUCAAUGACUACAGUUAAGGAAGUUACAUUACCCACAAGUUCAGAAUUCUUGGUUAUGAUACCAAAACAUGAAGGUGUUGAGUUAUCACCUCACAUAAAGCCAAUUACAGAAAAUAUUGAAAAAGCAACGGAAAGUUUUGUUAUCUAUCCAGCAGAUAUAGGAGAUUCGUUUGAAAAUGUGGUUGUCACUAAACAUAACCGUAUUUCUCCUCUAAAAAAUUCUGUUCUCACAACGUCCGCAUCUCUGCAGGCUGGAACUAAUCAAACAAUUUUAUUUAGACCUGAAUUUAUAGCAGGUAUCGCAGGGGUAGGUUUGAUUAUUACCCUAGGUGUUGUCCUCGUUUCUAUUCUUAUUUACAAAAGGAGGAACAUUUGGGGACGAAAAACCUCUGAUGAUCAGGGUCAAGUACUUUACACUAAGAAUGUUCAGCAAAAUGUGUGAUCGUUUGACAAGUUCCAUUUAUCUAAACAUUCCAUUAAAAGUUGUGAUUUAUGAAUAUUUAAAUUAUAAAGAAAACAGCAUUUACCCUCACACCUUCUAGUAUUCAUUACUAUUUCCCGUAGUCGUAUGCUGUCGUCUAAUUUGAUUCAUAUCAUGACUGUUUUAAUGUUUGUAAAUCUAAUAUGACUAGUGAGAAGAGUAACAUUCUUUUUGUUUGAAAGUUAUUAUUUUAUUGUUGAUUUUAUACUUUUAUAAAAAUAAUAAAAAAAAAAUUUCAAUUCUUUUACUCAUGCAUAUGACCCUGUAAUUCAGUGGUUAUCGUUUGUUGCUGUAUAUUAUAUUUGUUUUUCAUUCAUUAUUUUGUACAUAAAUCAGUCCGUUAGUUUUU